AUGCAUCAUUUUGGGCCUAAUCAUCAUAUUCAUAGCGAUGGCAACUCCAGCAUGGCAGGUCGCAUACGUAAGGGAAUUGCAGCAAUGGCUUCAGAGCGGUCUAUGGAUAUCAUGUCAGACAAGACUUCAUAUUCGAAGAAAAAAAAAGAUUUCCUGAUGCAAUCUAAUACGUCACUGCACAUGUUUAAGGCCCUUUUACUUGUUUUAUCAUUAGUUUUUCAACCAACUACAGGCGAUUGUGUAGGGAAAAAACCAUAUCAUGCGUAG